AAAAUAUUCCCACCAAAGAGACCUCAGAUCGUGUUUGCUUCACCGGAUCGAACAAGAGAGAAGAAAGAUCUCUCACAAGUAGGAGGAGAGACGAUAACUAGGGUUUAGAAGAGAGGCGAAGACUUAAAUUUACAAUGGCGGAGGAUCUGGUUCUCGAUACGGCGAUUAGAGAUUGGGUUCUGAUCCCUCUCUCUGUUGUGAUGGUUCUCAUCGGUAUCCUCCGGUACUUUGUCUCCAAGCUCAUGCGUUCUUCUCCAUCUCCCGAUGCUAAGAUUGUCAAAGAAGGGCAAGUUAUUAUCAGAGCUCGGAAUCUAAAAGCCGGUGCCAAUUUCAUCCCGUUGAGAUCGUUCCGAACUCGUAGACUCUACUUUAGUAACGAGGAGAAUGGUUUGCUACAUGUUCCCAAGGGCCAAGGCACAAACCCUCAAGCUCAGAUGUUUUCUGAUCCUAACAUGGCCAUGGAUAUGAUGAAGAAGAACCUUUCCAUGAUUAUUCCCCAGACGCUCACUUUUGCAUGGGUCAACUUCUUCUUCUCUGGAUUUGUUGCAGCCAAAAUACCAUUCCCACUGACCCAGAGGUUCAGGUCAAUGUUACAGAAUGGCAUCGACUUGAGCACUGUCGAUGUUAGUUACGUGAGUAGUCGUUCGUGGUACUUCUUAAACUUGUUUGGAUUAAGAGGCUUGUUCAGUCUCAUUCUCGGUGAUGAAAAUGCCAUUGAUGACACACAACGUAUGAUGCAAAUGGGUGGGUUUGGAUUUGAUGCAUCAAAGAGCUUGGGUGCAGAGAAAGACGGUCUCGACAUAAUUCAGCACGAUUGGGCUCUACCUCGAUUCGAGCAGCGUGCAGAGUCCGUAUUGAGAAAACUCGUGAAGUAGAGACAAUGACGAUAUAGUUUUCUGACACAACACGUUGAAACCAGAUCAACUCUGUAGAAGCUUCGACAUAAAACCAAAUCUUGUGUUUUGCUUUUGCUUUUUUAUUUUUCAGUUUUUGUUACUGUGUUCUCUAUAAAAUCUUCCCCGAACAGUAUCCGGUUUAUUUUGGUAUGGAUUGAUUCAGCGUAUGCUACAAAAUAGGAAUGCUUCGGUUAAGUUUGGUAAGAUUUGGAGAUGUUUUCGUAGGGCUA